AUGGGUUCAUCCCCACCGCGUAUGGUUAUUCAGGAUACAGGUUCUCAGUAGAAGACUAGAUGACAUCAACAGGCUCGCCAGAAAGAAGGGAAAUGCCAUCUAAAAAACGGUCGAAAUCCAUUAUCAGGCCUUCAAAUAGACGAACGAAUAUCUUGCCGUAGUUUGAGCAAGAACAAAACUCAUUUUGCGGUUAACAUUAAAUGAAUAUCGAAGGGUAGGGAAACUGGACCAAGCUGUCUCCAGAAUGAUACCCAGUUGAAAAGUGAGGCAGGUCGUUGGUGGUUUUUCAGAUCCGAACUCAUUGAAACGUAUUCAUAUCGGACGGUGUCUAGAAAAAGAAAUUGGGUUGGUCGUGCUCGUUGCAAGAAGUUCUGAGGGCAAAAUAGAUGCCAUAGACAGAUUCACCAGUGCGGAAUGAAAAGUACCGAACCAAGGAUCGAAAUCCAACUUUGUGCUCUAAAAUAAAGAAGCAUACGUAGGAGACUUGUAGUGCCAUUUUCGUGAAUGUGAUAUAAUUUUGCUCCAUAAACAGUCGAAAUCCGACUUUCUGGGGGAUUGCAUAUAGGAGGCCAACUCUAUAACACUUCGUUGAUAUACAAUCCGAGAGAGCUUAAACUUUGAGCGAGUCUUUAUUACUUUUUUGGGUAGAUCAUUGAAUUAUAGAACCCACACACUUUUCUACAGUCUGUGCUAAAAAUAGUUUUCUGAAUAGGCCGGCCACGAAUAUGUGUGUUGUAUCCAGCCGGUCAACUCUUGGAAUUCUCCACGCCCUCCUCUCAAGUGCUUCCACAUUUGGCCCCUGUUGACAUUCCCCUUCCCCUUUUGUAACUUUUUUUUGAGCGCGAUCGGCGUUCUUUUAAUUAACUAAUUUUGUAUUCUGACCUUGAGCUGGGAAUUCGAUCUGCUCGAACAUUAACAAAGGAAUUCUUUGUCCAGGGUAUCCAUUGUUGAGUACUGUGGAAUUCUUUGCUGGCAAAGUGACGCGUAUAAACACCGAAAGCUGUUUUGGCUUAUACGCGUCACUUUGCCAGCAAAGAAUUCCACAAUUUGUAUGGUGGUAAUAUGGACAUUUCAGAAGACGGAACGUGAAUGCGCUAUGUAGAUUUGUCUGUUAGCAAUUCCAUCUUCUCCGUCGAAGAGGUCUGCCUUGCAAAACUGAUGGUACCCUGGCUGGUGGGUCGGCCGUUUAGGACGCUCGAAGAGAUUUCGUGAGGUCGGCUCUUCGUCCGCCCCCGGGCAUCGGUUUUUAACUUCAUUCUUAUUUCUGAACGACUAAAUUCGCUCUCUAAAUCGGCGAACAUCACAACCAAGAAAUUUUACCUCAGGCAUUUCUGAUUGCUGUAGCAUGAAGUGAAGCCGCCGAAUAGCAGGCCCGUCCACUUAGUUCUGCAUCAACUAAAUCCCCUCCUCGAAGGUUCACGCCCGUUCCAGGAAACGAAACCGCAUGGAUAUGCAAAGCUGACUUUCAAUGCUAAGAAAAACGUGCUGUUGUCCAAAAUAACUACUUGAGUAGGAUUAGUUUUUGCAUCGGUUUUCCACACCCUUCUAAAUACGAGUAUAUUUUAUAGAAAAGAUGUACAAAAAAUAUUCUUUCUACUACUCAUUUGGCAGAAAGUUACGAAUUCUUUACAUUUUAUAUUUGAAGAAAUAGUAUCUUUCGGUUUCAAAAAACCCUCUAGUUCGCGAAUGAUUUUGAAACCGACCUGUCGUCUCCCUCGCAUUCAGGGCUUCUAAACUACAAAAUCUGUAUUUUCCGUGUUUGGAAAAUCAUGUAUUCUUAUGGGCUACUAAGACUAAGCCGUUCGACAUUCAUAAAAUCUUGCAGGGGAUUUGAUUCAUAAGCAGCACUAGCAAACGAAGAGAUACGGUGGUUUAUGAAAGGACAUUUCAGGAUCUUAAAAAAUCUCAUAAUUAUAAACUUAACUCAACCUGGUGAUACUCCUUUCUAAGCAUAGAAUUUGAGGAAGUAAUUCUCCGCUAUAGUAGCAAAGGAACGACAAUUUUAGGUGGGUUUUCCGUGAGACAUAUUGGAAUUUAUGAGGGCAGCGAUAAUUCAUUGGAAAAAUCCAUGCUACUCAACCAGUCAUUUUUCCUCAGUAUAGUUUAUCCAGACGAGACCAACGAAGCUCGGUCAAAAGCUGGCAUGCUUAUAUGACCGAAAUAUUUAGAGGUGACGGAGAUGAACAGAUGACUAUUAAGGAAAAAUUACGAAUGCCAUGUGGAACAAAUAACAAGUGCAGUGGUUGAAAUCCUUCAAAAUAUUUCUAAUCCGGAAUAGCAGACUAAAGUCAGCUCUCAGCUGAGGGACUCACAUUAAUUUAAGGUUAUUCAGAUAGGUAUGAUUGAGGGGGAAGAAUAAGGAUACGUCUAAUAGAAGUGACUUCUUGUAAAAUACAUUUAUAAUGUUAGAACGACUAAAUUCGCUCUCUAAACCGGUGAACGCCACAACCAAGUAAUUUUACCUCAGACAUUUCUGAUCACUUCAGCAUGAAGUAAAAACCGCCGAAUAUCAGGCCUGUCCACUUAAUUAUGCAGCAACUGAAUUCCCUCCUCUAAGGUUCACACUACUUCUAUUUCGUAACACAUGAUCACCACCUGAUGCAACAGCCACCGGUGGGCAUCCGCGUCGUUGGUCGGGUUCAAGGUCGCACGAAGCCAAUCGAUACAACUUAGUCCUUGAACUGCGUCACAAAGCAACUCGACGAGCUACGAGAUGCUAAGUCCAACGAGAAUGUUACGUCGUUACAUUAAAUGGUGGAAUGAUGUUCCAGAUGUAGCUAGAUCAUCAACUUUACCGUAUGAACAAGGCAUAUUUACUCAGGAUGUAGGCGGACCGCCAUACGCGGAUAGCAGUAAGUCCAUUCCUCGCUCGUAUCCUUCAAGAUUCAUUCUUUCAUCAUCUCAUCGUCUACAACACUUACGCCACAAUUUGAAUGCGUAUAAAUAAAGUAGUUUGAGAAAUUAUGAAUAAGGCAUAUGCAUCGCAAAAGGUAUUUAUGAAUGCAUGUUCUAGCUUACAUCGGCAGAUCCUUUAAACCUGCUUUAUUAAUUAUAGCCAUCUAAGUGUCACAUAUCCAAUAUGUAUGGCCACGGAUGAGGGACGACAUCAGGCAUAGGGUAGCAUUGCUUUAGAUUGUUGAUGUAAGCUUUCAUGCAUUCAUUUUAAAUCAUGACUUUCUCCCUAAAAGUAGAUCAGAUUUCAAGUAAUGAAUUUUCUUCAACUUCUCUUCUAGUUCCUAGUGCAUCACAAUACAAUAGGUACGAAUGGCCAAAUUGCGCAACUCCCGUCAGCACACUUAGCGUAGCAUCCUCAUCUACAGAUCCCAUGACUUUUAAGGACAAUAGAAAUGCGCACAGUAAGGAGGAAUCUAGCAUUGAACAGGGCAUAAGCUUUAACUCUGAUACAUCCAUAUGGACAACUGGCACCGAGCACACAGCUGUCCGAUGGAGAUCAGCUCCCUCUAGACUAGGUGAGAAAAUCUCCCAGGCAACAAGUUUGGAAUAUGUCAGUUGCUUGAGCCUCACAAGGGAAGAAGACCUUCGCACUCUGGAAGUUAAUUCAACUCCCAUAACGCAACCAUCAAAUCCCGCACACCAGAAGGAGUCGGAAGGUGGAGUGGAUAGUGUAUCAGCGGCCGGUUCAAACAGCUCCAUUUCAUCAAUAUCGUCUUCAUCCUCAACCCCCACGCUUGAUUCCCCACAGAGGGACCCGAGACCCCCAACGCUAGCAUUUACUGCAUCGAAUCCCCGUCCGACUCCACAUCCGCGAUCUCGCAGGUUGGCUCUGAGACAAUCCCAACCAGCAGCCACGUCGCCGCUGUCACCUCCACCAAGGCCGCAGCCACCACCACCACCGCUGUCGUUGUUGGCAUCAAUGCGAUCAAGGAAGUCGCCAUUCUCACAUUCUCCACCACCUCAUCCGUUCACGGCGCCGAUUUCGCCGUCACUAACCCUACCACCAACGUUCCCCUGUCUGCUGGACUUGGAGUUGUGCAGAUCAGUGACGUCACCACAACGGCCCUGCCCACGGCCGCGACACUCGGCCACCCUGACACUCUCAACGCCAACGAAUCCGCCACCGCCAAGGUUGUUGUCCGCACUGGCACACCCACCACCACUUCCACCACCACCGCCACCAGGAUGGUUGACCCUGAAGCGGGUGGAGACAGUAGCGACUGCAGAGGAGUACACGCCUCCGUCUCCGAGGCCGUCCCCUGCCCCCUCCCCGACUCCGUCUCAGCUCCUAAAUGCACUGAUUGCGUGGCCGUCGCCGUCGUCGCCGAAACCCUCAACCCCAUUGACACCACUGCCGGAACCCUUGUCGACGUUGACCCCUUCCCCACAACUUUCUCUUCCAUUGGCUCAAAUCCCAGAAGUGUUGAAGGGGUUGAGUCCAUUGCCAUUAUCAACCCAACCCUCCUCACCAACAGAACUGUUGACAACGUCUACCUCGUUUCCACCAUUAUCCUCAUCACCCUCCACGAUGCUGGUGCCGUUGAAGACGUUGACGAGACCGCCGCCGCCGACGCCACCGCCGACGACGACGCCGACGCCGCCCUCAUCGCCGCCACCACCCCUAUUCAUUUCGCGUCUUUCGCCUGCUGA